AUGUCCUUGUUGGAUAUUAGUCAACAGUUAACAAUUUAUAUUGGUUUAUUUCUGCUCAUUUUCGGUUUAUUAGGCAAUAGUUUGAACGUUGUAGUAUUUUCCAGUACUCGCACCUAUCGUACAACUCCUUGUACAUUUUACUUUCUUAUCAGCUCAAUUGCUAAUAUUGGAUUUCUCUUAAUAAAUCUUACAUCUCGUAUUGUUAGUGUUGGUUUUGACUUUGACCUAAGUCGAACAUCAGUGCAUUGGUGUCGAGCACGACAAUACUUUAUCGGUGUUUUCGGUUUAAUUUCGUUUACUUGUUCGUCUUUGGCUUCGAUUGAUCAAUAUUUCGUGACAUCGAAACAUGUUCAUUUUCGUCGUUUAAGCAAUAUCGAAUAUGCAUAUCGAAUUACGCUCCUUAUUUUCACAAUCAGUUGUCUCCAUGCCAUUCCUUGUUUGAUAUAUUAUGACAUUCCACAGAUGACAAAUACAUGCGUACUGAUGAAUAGUGCUUAUGCGAAAUAUAUUCCAAUAUAUUCUCUUAGUUUGACGUGUUUCUGUCCAAUUAUAGUGAUGAUUGUUUUUUCAUAUUUGGCUCAUCGGAAUAUUCAAUCAACACGAGUUCUUGCCGAACAACAAGCUGGUCGGCAAUUACGGAAAAUGACUCUAUUUCAUGUGGUACUUGUUAUCGUUGUCAUCCUUCCGUAUAGUAUAAAUACGAUCUAUCUACUCAAAACAGCCGGGGAUUUCAAAGAUACGAAUCGGUUGAUCAAUGAGAGCUUUGCUUCAAUAGUUCUGGCAUUGUUAACCUAUGUGUACUAUGCUGUGAGUUCAUUCGUUUAA